GUGUGAAUAUAAAUUUUUUUUGGGAAAAUUGUUUAUAAAUACACGGAAAAUUAUCUAAUGAGUCAUUUAUUAUUUAAAUCGCAGAGUUUUAGUAUAUUUUAUUUUGAUUAAGCGUAAAGUUUAUUAUUUCUGGUUUGCUAAUUUUUCAUCGAAGAAAAUUAGAUUAAAAGAAAAUGGCCACGAAUAAUUUUCCACCAUGCCCUGCAUCGUUGAAACCAAUUAUGCACUACUUGAAGGUAGCUGCCGAGCACGAUGAACGUAAUCCUGUAAUAUCAUAUUGGUGUCGACUUCAUGCAUUACAAGUAGGAAUCAAAUUAAGUGCUGGUCGUAAGAAUCGAGAGGAAACAAAUUUAUUAAGUGCCUUAAUGGAUUGGUUGGAAGCGAAAAAGAAGGAAUUGUCGAAUAAUGAAGCGAUUACGAAUGAUAUGUGUGCACAAGCUGCAAUUGAAGAAUACGUUUUGAAAAUGUUUAAGUUUGCAGAUGAACAGGAUCGUGCUGAAAAUUUUAAUAAGAAUUUGGUAAAAGCAUUUUACACUUGUGGCAUCGUAAUGGAUGUGUUAGUUGUGUUUGGUGAACUACCAGAAGACAUUUUAGAAAAACAAAAGUAUGCAAAAUGGAAGGCAGCAUAUAUACAUAAUUGUUUACGAAAUGGCGAACGUCCAAUACCCGGGCCGAUGGGUGGUAUCGAUAAUCAAAAUGAUGCUGAUGGAAAUGAUUCAGAAAACAAUUAUCAAAAUCCACCAGCUGGUUUCAAUGCACCUCCAGGAGGGAUGCCAUCCCCUUCAAUUAAUAUACCACAACGACCUUCCAGUCCACCAGCAGGUGGUCAAGCGUCAAGAAAUUCACCACCGGCUGGUGUUGUACCUGGAGGUUUUCAUCCAUAUGUAGCUCCACCAUCAUCCACCUGGGAGAAUAAUCCAGCGGUCCCGACUGUUACACCAUCUGCAGAUAGUAAUAAUUUGCCAACGUUAAAUGCCGAACAAAUCACUAAAGUUAAGAAAUAUUGUAAAUUUGCAUCGUCUGCUAUGGAUUAUGAUGAUAAUAAAACGGCCGUUUUAAAUUUACAAAAGGCUCUGACAUUGUUACAAACAGGUCGUGAUCCUGCAUAAAUACCGCACCUUGUGAUGCUACGAAAUAGUUAGGAGACAAUAUUACAUUAUUUGUUAAUUUUUUUUUUUAAUAUAUGCCGAUAAUUAGGCCUUAGCAAUUUUUUUAAUUAUUCUUACCAUAGGCAUAAUAGAUCUAAGGCCAAGAGUCAGAGGCGUAGUUAGGACUGUGAAAUACUACGAUUGGCCAUAGACCUAGAAUAAAAAAUAGACUGCAUACUUGUAUUUUAACAAUUCAAGAAAAUAUAACACUGGGGAACAAAA